GUGCACGCCUGCCUGCAGAUCCGCCAAGGUCGAACGCGCUCAGAAGUAACUUCUGUCGCUCAAGCUCCACCGCCAUCUCCGCCGCACUAUCGCGACAUACCUUCCACCAUGGCGGUCGCAAACGGAGAGAGCGCACCUGUAGCUAUAGACCUCGACGUCAAGCCCCCCGAAAAUAUCGUCAUUCCCCCAGCGGGCGUCCGCGCCGGUAUCGCCAAAACCGCCGACUUCGUUUUUCGAAGAGGUGAUGUACUGCUUGGAAGCCUGAAGCAGCGCACCGCCAACGACCCAAAAAGCCAGGUCACGUUCGUCCAAGACGAUGACCCAUACAACCCGUACUUCCUAUGGUACCUCGAGCAAUUGAAGGCUGGUCAUGGCCCCGCUGCGAAGAGCACCGCCCAGGCUGUGCCAGAAAAGCCCAAAGGACCUCCAGAACCAGCCAAGUUUCGCUUCUCUGGGCGCAUGCCAAACAUCAGCGCUAAAGAUCUUGAGGUGCUAAAGCUGACAGCUCUGUAUACAGCGCGCGUCGGCGAGAAUUGGUUGAAGGAGUUACGCAACCGCGAAGCCAACAACUUCCAAUUCGACUUCCUACGACCGCAACACAGUUUCUUCCAGUUCUUCAGAGCGCUUGUUGAACAGUAUAAGGUACUGUUAGAAGAGGAUCAGACUGUCGAGGCACGGAUCGCAGAACUGCAGGAGAACAUCAAGAACCGUUUCUAUAUUCUAGAGCGUGCAAAGGGACGCGCUGAGUAUAUCAAAUAUGUCUCAGCGCAGAAGGAGAAAGAGGAAAAGAAAGCUGAAGACGAGAAGAAAGAGUAUGCCUCAAUCGACUGGCAUGAUUUUACUGUUAUCGCGACAGUGCUUUUCGAUGAGGCCGAUGAUGCUGCAGACCUCCCUCCGCCUGCACUUCUUAACGACCUGCAGUCGCAGUCGCUUGAACAGAAGGCUGCCGUUUCACUAUCAGCAAGACGCCUAGAGGAAGCGCUGCCUGACGACUCAACCUACUACAACGUGUCGCAACACAAUACCGCCUACUCGGUGCCACCGCCCAACCCCGCAGCUCCUGUCGCCUAUCCUCAGUACGCACCGCCGCCGCCGCCACCGCAGCAGCAGCAGGACUAUGCAUACACGGCUGCUCAGAGGCAGCGCGAGGAGGAGCAGGCGCGUGCACAGGCAGAAGCCGAUACGAGAGCGCGUCAGCAGGCUGCGACCAGAGGGGCACCGGGUCGCAUUGUCGCAGACUAUGUUCCCCGCGCGGCGAAGAAAGCUAAUGUUGCAAUGGUCGUGUGCCCUAACUGCAAGCAGCAGUUUUCUGCCAGCGAGAUCGAUGAACAUAUUCGGAUCGAGUUGCUCGACCCCAGGUGGAAAGAACAGCGAGACAAAGCCGAACAACGCUACUCAACUACAAUCAACACAGCAGAUGUUGCAAGCAAUCUCAAGCGCUUCGCCAGCCAAAGAGACGAUAUAUACGACGGUGCUACUGGUCAGCCCAUUUCCGCCGAAGAGGAAGCCCGCAGAAAGAGAGCAGCUAUUUCGUAUGAUGGACAGCCGGACCCUGCUAAAGACGCUGCGCGCAUCCAGCAGAUGCAGUCGAUGAACGUUCAAGAGCAAGUGCGAAGGAUCCAGGAAAAGCAUCGUCAUUGAGAAAUUGUAGCAAGGUACGUUGCCUUCAUUACUGCUUCAUUACUGCAUGGGAUGGAGUUUGGGCGUUUCGACGCAUGCACGGAGUAUACCCAGGGCGGGGGACGAAGAUCUUGUAUAGCAUCUUCUGGUAGCUUAUCUUCCCACCAAAUUAGCGCAAGUGAAUCUGUUCAUAAGGAUGUUGCACACGUUUGACUGCAUGAAAUUCAUAGAAUCGUGUUUGAGCCUGG